GGGUGGGUGUUUAAGACGGAUCGUUUCCGCGGGCACGACUCUCUCUCUGUACGCAUGAAGUGGAGCAAUUGGUUCUAGGGCAACCAGCGUGUCUUCUCCAUAACGGAGGUCUCUAUUUCAGCUGCUUUUCCCAAGUGGAUUUAUCUUCUUGUUCACUAUGGCUGUUACCGAGGCUCCAUGCGACUUGUCUUAUUGCAAGAUGAGGGGAAUCGUGUCAGUUCUCACUGCUUUUAUCAAGGAGAGGAAAAUGGGUCUGAAUGACUUAAUCUCGAAGCUGGUGUCAAACCCACAUAUCUGUCAUCACAGCCUGGCAAGCGGCCAGGUGGGGGUCUGGCUCAGUGGAAAAUUCCCAAGCACCUUGUCUACCCUCUUCAGAAGCUCUCAAGAACCCAAGUGGGGGUAUACCCAGCUUUACAGCCGACCCCCUCCUAGGAUUCUCAGCCGAUGCUCUGAAGUUGACUUCCUCAAGAUCAAUGAGAACCAGAAUGAAGAGCUGGACGAUGAUGAACUUCUGAAUCCGAUGUGCCUGGCGUUCCCCAGAAGCUCUCUAGCGGAAGAGUUGGCGAUCAAACCAAGUGAUUUUGACUACCUGAAAAUCAUUGGCAAAGGGAGCUUUGGGAAGGUGCUGCUGGCUCGCCACCGGGACAGCAACGAGUAUUACGCUGUCAAGGUUCUACAGAAGAAAAUCAUCUUGAAGAAGAAAGAGCAAAAGCAUAUCAUGGCGGAGCGAAGUGUCCUGAUGAAGAAUAUCAAACAUCCUUUCCUGGUGGGGCUGCACUUUUCCUUCCAGACUACUGACAAACUCUACUUUGUCCUCGACUACGUGAAUGGAGGAGAGUUGUUCUACCAUCUACAGAGAGAGAGGGUGUUCCUAGAACCCAGAGCCAGGUUCUACGCUGCAGAGAUCGCCAGUGCUCUGGGAUACCUCCACUCCCUGCAUAUUGUUUACAGAGAUCUGAAGCCUGAGAAUAUCCUGCUAGCCUCAACGGGACACAUCGUCCUGACAGACUUUGGCCUCUGCAAAGAGGGCCUGGCGCCCACUGGAACCACCACAACCUUCUGUGGAACGCCAGAGUACCUGGCUCCCGAGGUGCUGCAGAAGCAGGCGUACGACCGCACAGUGGACUGGUGGUGCCUGGGAUCGGUGCUGUACGAGAUGCUCUACGGACUGCCACCCUUCUACAGUCGUAACACAGCUGAGAUGUACAACAAUAUCCUGAACAAGCCUCUGAUACUGAAGCCCAACGUGUCCAACUCAGGCAGGGAACUGUUGGAGGGGCUCCUGCAAAAGGACCGCACCAAGAGGCUGGGAGUGAAAGAUGAUUUUAUGGAGCUGAAGUGCCACACCUUCUUCUCACCCAUCAACUGGGAUGACCUGAUGGCCAGGAAGAUCACACCACCCUACAUUCCCUCUGUGAGCGGGCCCACGGACCUCAGGCACUUUGACCCAGAGUUCACCCACCUCCCUGUGACCUCGUCGCUGUGCAACACGGACGGCCUGCUGGUGACCAGCAGCAUCAAGGAGGCAGCUGGAGCCUUCCCAGGCUUCUCCUAUGGACCCGCUGACGGCUUCAUGUGAGGGACUCCUCUAUCUUCAUCACCUCUAUUGAUGGGAACAAAUAGAGACACAGGCAAGAGACAGGCACCAUGUACUGUAUGAGUGGUGUGGGAGGUGUUCAUGGUCUGUUAAUAAACCCCUUGAACCUGCCUGAGAGGAAAAGGGGGGAGGGGGGGUCUAGAACUCCAGAUCUCCUGGGAUUGUUGCAUGAGAGGUGUGCAUCACAUGGGACUCCAAUCUUCAAUACCAAUGACCCUACUUACCUGAUGCAAAGUGUGCCAAGGUGGGACGUUGUUUCGUACUACAGGGAGAAAGGCUGUUUCUCUCUAAUCGCUGUGGACCACGACCACUGUCGGAAAGAAGAGUGAAGUGGCAGUACUGCUACCGAUCAUUCUGUAUAUAUACUGAAGACUUACAUGUCACAAGGCAUUUGUUGUCGUUUGUUGUGUGAAUGCUGGAUUGCACUUGAGGCAUUAAUGGUGAUUGCAUUGUUUAAGCAUCCACUCUGUCUCAUGUUCAGCUGCAUAUCUGUUCACCCUCAAUCAUUCUAUUGAUCUGUUCACCCUCAAAAUCAUACUAUUGAUCUGUUCACCCUCAAAAUCAUUCUAUUGAUCUGUUCACCCUCAAAAUCAUUCUAUUGAUCUGUUCACCCUCAAAAUCAUUCUAUUGAUCUGUUCACCCUCAAAAUCAUUCUAUUGAUCUGUUCACCCUCAAAAUCAUACUAUUGGUCUGUUCACCCUCAAAAUCAUACUAUUGAUCUGUUCACCCUCAAAAUCAUUCUAUUGAUCUGUUCACCCUCAAAAUCAUUCUAUUGAUCUGUUCACCCUCAAAAUCAUUCUAUUGAUCUGUUCACCCUCAAAAUCAUACUAUUGAUCUGUUCACCCUCAAAAUCAUACUAUUGAUCUGUUCACCCUCAAAAUCAUACUAUUGAUCUGUUCACCCUCAAAAUCAUACUAUUGAUCUGUUCACCCUCAAAAUCAUACUAUUGAUCUGUUCACCCUCAAAAUCAUACUAUUGAUCUGUUCACCCUCAAAAUCAUACUAUUGAUAUUUUCACCCUCAAAAUCAUACUAUUGAUCUGUUCACCCUCAAAAUCACACUAUUGAUCUGUUCACCCUCAAAAUCAUACUAUUGAUCUGUUCACCCUCAAAAUCAUACUAUUGAUCUGUUCACCCUCAAUCAUACUAUUGAUCUGUUCACCCUCAAAAUCACAAUAGUAACAUCUGUUCAACAUCAAAAUAUAUUAGCUAAACAAGUAGGAAAACACCAGAAAUGAUCAACGUGAAAUAAGUUUGUUUUGGAUCAAAUAAGGUAUCAUUGUACCAUCUGACCUUAAUUCUGCUGGUCACCACUUUUUCUCCACAUGCAGACAAUGUUGGAAGCCAAAAAAUUACAAUGUAUAGAAAGCAGACACAAAAUAUUGUAUUUUACAAGAAAUCUGCAAUAUUAUUUCAUGUUAUAUUAUCUGUAUCUGACCAAAAAGUCCAUUGGUUUUCCAUUUCCAGGUACUGUUCAUUUUACGACUAUAUUUCAGUCAGAGUAAUCAUAAAGUAGUCUUUUAAAAACACUUUUUUCCCACUCGACUCCUUAACAGAAAGAAAAUAUAAAUAUAUUACCAAGCUCUAAAUAUGUAAAACUUAUUUAUACAUCUAAAAAGAAAUGUACUCCCUAAGUGGGGAAAAAUGUAUUAUGUUCUAACCUUUGUUCUUCUCAUGCCUGCACUUUUACACAUUUACGCUCCUAAGACUGUGUUGACAAGCUGUUUGUAGACGUAAUAUAUUUGUGUCAUAAAUACAGAAGAUGGGGUUAAACAAUAUUAGGUCUUCUGCUGUAAGAGCACAUAUCAAUCAUUGUUAUUCUUGUGAGUGAAAGUGAUUGCUGUUUUGCUGGCAAAACACUAGAGAAUCCAUUAGAUUGUUAUGUAUAACCAUUUGCAUCGUGUACAGAACUCCAGCUAGACUGAUAGAAAGGAACUGUUGAAUGUCUGUCAUUUUGUAAAGUGUGCCUGUCUGUCUCAGUCGUGUUAGGAUAGGAAGUCCUGGUCUAGAUCAGUGUUUUCCAAACUCAGUCCUGGGCCCCCCCCCACCCCACCCCAGGUGCACGUUUUGGUUUUUGCUCUAGAACUACACAGCUGAUUUAAAAUAACCAACUCAUCAAGCUUUGAUGAUUAGAAUCCGCUGUGUAGCGCUAGGGCAAAAACCUGGUUGGGUUUGGGGGAACCCUGGACAAGACAACAACCUGAAAAGUUGUGCUGCUGCAAUGUUGAGAGCUUAGACUGAAAUGACUCUUCGUAGAUAGUGCUACAGCCAUUCAUUUACUGAUGGCCAUGAAUAGUGUAAUAAAAAUCACAGGCUUUCUCUAUGUAUAUGUCAUGACACAUAGUGUACCGUAUGUUUAAAGACCAGAGGACAAAUUCCUAGAAUUGAUCAAUUAAAUAAUGAAUUGUAAUCUCUUUUCACAAUGGUAAAUAAAAUGUAUUGACAAUUCAAA